CUAAUUAUCUUCUAAAUGGACUUGUUCGGGGGGCAUUGCCUGUCGGCAGUUAGAGACACAACGCGAGGACCUGAAAGUGAAGAGGGCUCGAGUGAUAGUCCCACACCAGUUGCUGCCAGUCCUGAACAGUACAUUAAACACCCUUUGCAAAACAGAUGGGCUCUCUGGUAUUUCAAAAAUGAUAAGACCAAAAGCUGGACAGAAAAUCUGCGACUGAUCUCCAAGUUCGACACAGUGGAAGAUUUCUGGGCGUUAUAUAACCACAUACAACAACCCAGUAAACUUGGAUUCGGCUGUGAUUACUGUUUAUUUAAGGAUGGGAUCAAGCCUAUGUGGGAGGAUGACAGGAAUAAACUUGGAGGGAGGUGGUUGAUGACGCUCAGCAAACAGCAGCGACACAAUGACCUUGAUCGCUACUGGAUGGAGACGCUGUUGUGUUUAAUUGGCGAGUCUUUUGAUGAAGCCAGUGAGGAUGUUUGUGGAGCGGUAGUUAAUGUUCGUCCAAAGGGGGAUAAAAUAUCCAUCUGGACAGGCAACUGCCAAAAUAAGGACGCUAUUAUGACGAUAGGGCAACAAUACAAAGAGCGCCUGAAUCUCCCCAUCAAAAACAUUCUUGGAUACCAGUCCCACGAUGACACCUCUAGCAAAAGUGGCUCUACGACAAAGAACAUGUAUUCGGUUUGAAGAAGACUUUCAAGUUGUAGGUUUAUAAAAUUACAAAUUUGCAUCACAUUACUAUGUUUAAGUUGUCAACUGCUGUAGUGUCCUUCCUUUUAAAAAAAAGAAAAAAAAGAAAGAAAAAUGUUAAACAUGUGCAUUUGUAGUACUCCAUUCUAAAUGAACCAAGAAUAUCUAAUGGUUUCGACCUAUGAGAGGGACUGCAUCAGCUGAAGCUGUGUGAAUCUUGCUAGGUGAUAUUUUAGAAUAUUUAGACAUUGUGCUAACUAAUAAAAAUGCCCUAGCUGAAAAGAUUUAUGGCUUAGAUUGAAAAGACAGUUCUUUCCCUUAUCCUUUCUUUUUCUCAUGCUUCUUGAUAUGAAAAUCAUAUGGAAAAAAAAAUAACUAUGAUAACACAAGGACAAAAGAACCGACAGCUUAAUUCACACAUUUUAUGGGCCACGACCAUUUUAACAUGCUUUGGUUAGAGGUAUUUGGUAUGAGACAUGAUUGCAGCGGUGCCUGUGGAGAGAAUAUCAUAAAGGUUUGCAACAAACGAGCUUCAGUUGCUCUCCAGGUUUGAGAUUUGGAUGAGCGGCCAAUUAUUGUUUCAGCUAUGGAAACAGCUGUGGAGUCUUGCUUGUGGACCUCCUUUCAACUUUUGUGUUGGCCCCACAUUUAUUUAUGACGUACACAUUGCCAUUGAGCUACCUAGUAAGAGGAUGACUAAAAGCCCUAUUUUUGUUUUCCAUUAUUAUUUGCCUUCCUUUUGUUUUUGAAGUUGUUAGCAAUGUGGACUACUGCUUAAUACAGAACAUUUUUACAGUGAAUUAUAUCGUAAAUACAUAUACAGCCAUGCUUUUAGAUGUGCUUUUCACUUUUCCUCUUACAAUCAGCAUUGUAAACAUCUCAUUUGCAGCAUUUUGGGUGAAUUAAAAUGAAGACAAAUACUCAUUUUGAAUUUAUUUUGCUCAUAAUGUAUCUAUCUUGUAAUUCCAGGAUGUAUAUUACCUUCUUUCAAAGUAAAGAUGACAUGCUUUGCAUUAACAAA